AUGGACCGGGUAUUUCGAAACCGUCGACCGAAUGAAGUGCGAGCCCAGCUCCUGAUAAAGGUAUCCAAUGCCAUAGAGGACUCGAUGCCAGCAAAUGAACGAUUCGCGCCUCGCGACAGACUCGCGGCGAUUUGGACAUUCGAGACGCUGAAAGACUUCUUCUGGCAUCAUAGGCUAUCCCUUUAUCCGGAAUCUAUCCACAGAAUCCGCAGUGAACUUUUGCAAACAAUAUCUAUUCUGAUAUAUAUCAAAUGGGAUGGCUGGGCGCGGUUUGAUGAGAUCUUCCUUUCAUACGAAGGCCCUAUGGAAACCCGGGAUCGCACCGAUCGCAGGAUCCGACACUACGAUAUCCAGACCUUGAAGAGGGACGACUUCCUAGGCCCAGAGGCUGGCGGCCAGUUCCUGCACAUGCGCAGCGUCUUCUGUCCAAUUUAUAUUGAAGAAGGAAGCGAUUCAGUUUGGGAACAUGGUGAGAGACUUCCGUUCCUUGCCGCAAAGUCCCAACUGCGUGGAAGAGGAGGGUUUGGAAAGGUUACUAAGGAGGUAAUCGCGGCGAAACACUACUGCACAAAGAGCGGCAUUCAAAUGCCAGAGGUCGAGGUUGCACGCAAAGUGUUCACAUCCAAGAUCGACUUCGAUCGAGAGAAAUGGAACCUGAAUAGACUUGCCGAGUGUGUGGCUCAGCAUAAACACAUCGUGCUGCCUCUUGCAACAAUUACCGUCGGGAACCAGUUCAACAUAUUGUUCCCUCUGGCGCAGAUGGACCUCGAGAAAUUUCUCCAAGGGCACUUGCGACACCCCGAGAUGUGCGAAAUGAACGACAUCAUCGACGAAGCCAUCAAUGUGGUGGACGCCCUGGACCACUUGCACGACCGGCUCGGCGUCUCCAUUCACGGAUACCACAUGGACGUGAAGCCCGCCAAUAUCCUGGUUUAUGAGGAUUCUGGACACAGAGAGCAGUCGGGGGUGGGCAGUUGGAAGAUAACCGACUUUGGUCUUUCCAUAAUCGCCCGUGCAGGCCGGCGAGGGAGCGCAGAUGGCCUUCCUCAAGAUCGAGGCACCGAGACCAGGACGCACCUGCUACGCAGGGAAGGCACUUAUCAAGCACCAGAGGUGUGCAGUGGGCCUGGGCCGUGUCGGCGAAGCGAUAUUUGGUCAUUCGGGUGUAUCCUGGUCCGGGUUCUUGCCUUCAAACUUGACGGGAUUGACGGGCUUCGUGCAUUGGAUGACCUCCGUCGAUUGGACAAUGAUGGGAUUGGAUACUAUGAGGAUGACCACUUCACCAGGGGAAACCCGCCUGUGCUCAAUCCGCAUAUUGAGAAUUGGAUAACAGGCCUCGCGCAGGGCAACCGACAAGAAUAUCCUGAUGAGUUCCUUCACGGCUGUGCGAAGAUGCUCUUGUCUAUUCUGCAAACUGACAAAAAUGCGCGGCCGCUUGCAAGGGAUGUCAAGGAAGAGCUGGGGUCCCUCAAGGCCUAUCUCAAUAUACCUCAUCAGCCCGACUCCGCAGCAGAUUCUAGUUCUGGCUCUGGGGACGAGAGCUCCCCAUCAUUGCCCCCGUCGACAGAGCCUUCGACUGUCUAUGCAAAUAGUCCGGACCUAGCCUUCUUGACAGAUAGGUUAAUUCAAGAUAUAAAGACCAAUGACAUCAGGGGCGUUGAGCAAAUCUUGAGCCUCCGUGUGAACAUUGACAGGGCCAACGAAAACAAUGAAACGCCCUUGGGUGUCGCCGCAGAGCAAGGAAACGAAGAAGUUCUUGAGCUCCUCCUUAACGCUACAGCAAAUGUGGACGCAAGGUCUGCAGGAGGCAAAACGCCCCUAUUGAUAGCAAUCCGCAAGGGACACGACAGGAUAGCCCAGAUUCUCCUGGACCAAGGGGCCAACUGCAACGUCUACUCGGAUGAAGGGCUUACUUGUCUCCAUUAUGCGACCUGGCCCCAGACCAGCGCUGGACUUCUUCGACUGUUGAUUGCGCAGGUUCGGCGUAUCAACAUCGACAUCGACAUCCCAACUCACGACGGCACGCACCGAACACCCCUCAUGAUGCUGCUUAAACAUUUUGCAGAUGACAGGGACUGGGAAGCAAAGUUCAAUGGCUUGGUUGAGGCCGGGGCGGACGUCAACCGCCGUGAUGCAAAUGACAUUUCACCACUACGAUGUGCUGUAACAGAGGGCUCGACCACGGCGGUCAGGUUGCUCAUUGAGCAAGGUGCAAACCUCGAGGAUUUCUCGGCCGUUCACCCUAAGAAUAAUGCCAUCAAAACGGAGUUGCAAAGGGCUUACGAGACACGCCGCCGCGGAAGUCUUGCUAGUUCUCGAUCGAGGCGAAGCUUAUGGUCGUGGAGCGUUAUUCGGAGGGUUUUUUCCUCGUGA